AUGUCAUAUUAUUUUGCAAUAGUUGGUACAAAAGAUAAUCCAAUUUAUGAACUUGAACUUGGAGGAGCUUCAGAUAUAAAAUUAAUGUUGUUGCAUGAAACUAAAAAUGAAGAUGGAAUUAGAAAUUUUUUUAAUGAAGCCUAUGAACUUUAUAUAAAGAUAUUAAUGAAUCCGUUUUAUGAAGUUAAUUCAACAAUAACAUCUGUUCCAUUUGAUACUAAAGUUAAAUUCAUUGCCAAAAAAUAUUUAUAA